GCCCGUUUAGUCCUAAAGUUGUGUACUUUAAGAGGCUUAUUUACUAAACUUCCGGCUUUCAAUCCAUCUGAAGGAAAUUUCAGAAGACAGCCUUAUUCGGCGUUAGUCUUAGUAACAGAAAUGGUUGUUAAAAAAUGCUGUUCCCUUCAGAUAAUUUCGAUUUCAAUGUUAGUAAUUUUCAGUUCAAUAGUGAACGCCCAAAGUCGUGAUGAUAAAUCAGCAAGCAGAAAAGGCAAAAUGGCUGAUAAGACUCAGACGGGGACUCUGGGUAAUGUGAUCUCUGCCAUCCAGAACCUGCCAACCAUGGACCUUGGCAAGAAAUUCAGGACUCCAUGCAAGACCGGCAACCGAUGUGGAAAGGUAAUAAAAAGGCUGAUGGUUUCAAAACUGGCUCAGCUUGAGAACACAAUUAUGGGCAUAAUGAAAGAGCUCGCGAAGCUGCCCCCGGGAUCUCGUCUGCCGGACAAGUUCACCAAGACAGAGCCUGUGCAGUUGCUUUUGGAUCAGAAUUAUAAGGAAGAUGUAUGCAUGGACAAGCUGGAGUCGUGCCUGAAGGAGGACAAGAGGAGAAAGAGGAUCCUUAAGAAGCUGUUCUUCAAGAAGUAUAAUUCUCUUAGACAAGAGCUGAUUGGCUAUGGAGGCCGUCGGCUGUGGGGUGGGGAAGGCAACUUGUUUUAUAAGUAA